GUUUUGCAAAUCAGUUGCGUCUGGUGUGUUUACGGAAAAUGUUGUGUUCGCUGGCUGGGUGGGAAUUUGGCGGUAGAAAUUAGUAGCGUGCUUGUAAUUAAUAUUAUUAAUGUGACUGGUUGACUUGACUCUCGUCAUAGUGUUUAAUAUAAAAAUAACCUGUUGGGCGGAUAAAGGAAAAUAAUUGUAGUUUUCGAGAGAAAAAUGUGAAAAGAAAAAAAUCAAUUGAAAACAAAAAGUUUUAUACAACAUUCAAUUUAACUAGUUAAACUAUUAUUUUAUUAAAUUAACUAGAAUCUACAUAUUAAAAGUUUUUCCUUUGAAAUUCCAUUACACAAUUUUAGUUAUACAAAAGAAAAAAACAAGAAAAUAUAAAGAAUAAAAAAAAAACAACAACAUAUGAGUUAAAAAUUCGGUCACAUAAAUGCUACGUAUCGUAUUGAAUCGAGAGUUGUUGUGUUUGGUGUUUGUUCAUUAAGUUCUUUUUAGAAUUUAAAACAUUAUGGAUAGCUCACAGAAACCACAAAAAGAAAAUCCACGCAGAUAUGCUAAUAUAUUGUCACAAUUAAUUUUUGGUUGGUCUAUACCUUUAUUGUAUAAAGGUUCACGUAAGGGUCUUAAUACGGAAGAUUUAACAAAAUGUUUACCCGAAGAUUAUUCCGAGGAGCUGGGAGAUGAAUUAGAAAGACACUGGUAUAAAGAAGUAGAAAAUGCACGCUCUAAAAAUCGUCAGCCUCUAUUGCGUAAUGCUAUACUUAAGACCUUUUGGCGUUCAGCUAUUGUUGAUGGUUUAAUAAGUCUUAUUUAUAUUGUCAUCAAAUCUCUUAUACCCGCAGUCUUGGCUCAAUUAUUGCUGCAAUUUCAAAAGCCCAUCAAUAGUAUAACCAAUACAUUUGAUACACAGUUGUCUUAUGAUAAUUUGACGGGGCAUCGUAGUACACGUUCUAUUGGAGAUAUUUCAAUUAAUAACAACAAUGAGGGCAACAGUUUAAAUGCUUUAGAUAUCAAUGGAAAACCUUCGAAUAGUGAAAUCGGCAAUACUUUGGGUCCAGUUAGUAAUCAGACAUUUGCUGAAGGUUUUACAGAUGGCAUACAAGCUAUAUGGUACGAUGUUAACUCUUUGGGUGCUAUAUUAGUGUUAUCCACACUGCUGGGAUGUUUUCUAAUACAUCAUGUGGAUUUAAGGCAAAGAUUAAUGGGUGCACGCAUGCGCAUUGCCUGUUGUUCGUUAAUAUAUCGCAAGACAAUCAGUCUUUCCAUGAAAGCUGCUGGUCAAACGCCGGCUGGUUAUCUCAUCAAUCUGUUAUCUAAUGAUGUCAAUCGUUUGGAUUAUGGUUUCAUUUUUGUGCACUGGAUAUGGAUUAUGCCUUUACAGGCUGUUCUUAUUUGUUAUUUAAUAUCACUUAAAAUUGGUCUGGCUGCAGUGGUAGGUGUAGUGGGAUUACUGCUAAAAACUAUACCCGUUCAGACAGGUCUCAGUAAAUUGGCCUCUAAAUUGCGCAUGAAAAUAGCCGAACGAACCGAUGCUAGAGUGGGCAUAAUGAAUGAGCUGGUGCAAGGUAUACAGGUUAUAAAAAUGUAUGCCUGGGAGAAACCAUUUCAGAAUGUUGUGAAAGAGGCUCGACGUAAAGAAAUCAAACAGAUUCGUUAUGCUUCCUAUUUGCGUGGUUUCUAUUUAAGUACCAUGGUCUUUACAGAACGUUCUACGCUAUAUAUUACCAUUGCUGCUGCUGUUCUUAUGGGAAACAUGAUUUCCGCCGAUAUAGUAUUUUCGGCAGCAGGUUAUUACAAUAUCUUACAAUUGGUGGCCGCCAUUUGGUAUCCAUUGGCUGUGUCAUUUGGUGCUGAAGCUUUAGUAUCACUAACACGUAUACAAACAUAUCUGCAGCAGGAAGGUUGUGAUGAUAAACCGGCUGCUAUUACGUAUAAAAGUAAUAAUGAGGGCGAUAAAGAAGCUGUGGUACUUAAACAGGUGGGCGCAAAUUGGGAUCUUGCGAAGCCUAAUAAAACGUUGGAGGAUAUUAAUUUAGUUAUACCCAAAGGACAACUGUGUGCUGUUAUAGGGCCAGUGGGAGCGGGAAAGAGUUCUAUAAUACAACUUAUUUUGGGAGAACUUCCCAUAACAGAUGGUGAAGUAGUGGUUCAGGGUGAUUUAUCUUAUGCGGCCCAAGAACCUUGGCUUUUUACCGGUACCGUGCGUAAUAACAUUUUAUUUGGCGAAAAUUAUGAUCGCAAACGUUAUAGAGACGUCACUAGAUGUUGUGCCUUAUCCACCGAUUUUGAACAAUUACAAAAUGGUGAUAAAACCAUAGUGGGCGAAAGAGGAGCUUCUUUAUCGGGUGGUCAAAGAGCUCGCAUUAGUUUGGCUCGUGCUAUUUAUAAACCAGCAUCUGUUUAUCUAUUGGAUGAUCCCUUAAGUGCGGUAGAUGCCCAUGUGGGUCGUCAUUUAUUUGAUGAAGUUAUUGGUCCUAAGGGACGUUUAGCCGGUGAAAAGGCUACACGUAUUUUGGUUACCCAUCAAGUGCACUUUCUAACCGAAGCCGAUUGGAUUGUUAUUAUGGAAAAUGGUAAAAUUUCUCGGCAGGGUACAUACAACGAUUUGAUUUCUAGUGAAUUGGAUUUUGCCAAAUUACUGGAUCGUCCUAAACUGACAAAGGGAGACAGCAGUUCUGCUUCGGAAGAUCAAAUGACGUAUGAAGAUGAUGAUGAUAUACCCUUUAUGGAUGGGCAAUAUGAUGCUGGUUAUCAGCCCAUACGCAGAUCAAGUACAAGCUCGUUUUCAAGGAAAUCUGAUAGUUUAGAUCGUGAAGUAGUUGAUACCAAGGAAGCUGCCGAAGAGCAAGCUGAGGGUGGUGUUAGUGGUAGAGUUUGGAAGGAAUAUUUCAAUGCUGGUUGUUCUCUUAUGGGUUUUUGUUUUAUGGUCUUUGUUAUGAUAACAUCACAACUUGUGUGCAGUGGUUCGGACUUUUUUGUUAAUAUCUGGACGCAACAGGAAUAUUUACGUUCCACAAACCAGCCCACCGUUCUGACAACCUAUGAGUGUCUUUAUAUUUAUGGAGCUUUAAUAAUUGCUGUUGUGGUGAUGACUACUUUCCGUGGCUUUCUAUUCUUUAAAAUCUGCAUGCAUGCUUCCAAAGUGCUGCAUGAUCGCAUGUUCUGUUCGAUACUUAAUGCCACCAUGCGUUUCUUUGAUCAAAAUCCUUCGGGUCGUAUAUUGAAUCGUUUCUCGAAAGAUAUGGGUGCCAUAGAUGAAUUUUUACCAAAAGCUAUGAUGGAUUUCAUACAAAUAGCAUUGGUUAUGUUUGGCAUCCUAAUUGUGAUAUGUAUAGUUAAUCCCAUUUUAUUAUUGGCCAUAUUCAUAGUGGCCAUUAUUGAUAUGUUGAUAUUGAAGGUGUAUUUAAGACCUUCACAAGAUCUUAAACGUCUGGAGGGAAUAUGUCGUAGUCCUGUAUUUUCUCAUUUAUCGGCCACAUUAUCGGGUAUAGCCACGAUUAGAUCUCGUAAUUUACAGGAUACUGUUGCCAAAGAAUUUGACAAUUUACAAGAUGUUCACAGCAGUGUUUGGCAAUUGACCAUGGCUUCGAAUACAGCUUUGGGUUUGUGGUUAGAUUGUGUUAGCUGUUGUUUCUUAACCUCGGUUACUUUUAGUUUUAUACUUUUAAGUGGACAAACCUAUAGCGGUAACAUGGGUUUGGCUAUAUCACAGGCCAUGAUUCUCACCGGUAUGGUUCAAUAUGGUGUACGUCAAGUGGCUGAAUCUCUACAACAAAUGACCAGUGUAGAACGUGUACUACAAUACACUGAUCUGGAACAGGAAAGUACUGUAACAAAACUGCCUCCCUCAAAUUGGCCUACUCAUGGUCUUGUCGAAUUUCGUCACAUGUAUUGUCGUUAUGAUCCCAAUGGUGAACCUGUUUUAAAAGAUUUAAACAUUAUCAUACAACCUGCCUGGAAAGUGGGCAUUGUUGGUCGUACGGGUGCUGGUAAAUCAUCUUUAAUUGGUGUACUUUUCCGUUUGGCUUACAUAGAGGGUGGUAUUAUCAUAGAUGGCAUAGAUACGGGUGAUAUUACUUUAGAAUCUUUACGUUCGAAGAUUUCUAUUAUACCUCAAGAUCCGGUAUUGUUUUCGGCUACUAUACGUUAUAAUUUGGAUCCUUUUGAAAAGUAUUCCGAUGCAGAUAUAUGGAAAGCUUUAGAAGAUGUGGAAUUAAAAUCUGCAAUACCCGGUCUGGAUUUCAUGGUUACCGAACGUGGCAGUAAUUUCAGUGUGGGUCAACGUCAGCUAAUCUGUUUGGCCAGAGCUGUUUUGCGCAAUAAUAAAAUUUUAGUUUUAGAUGAAGCUACAGCCAAUGUAGAUCCACAAACUGAUGCUCUUAUACAACGAGCUAUACGUGUUAAAUUUAAACAUUGCACAGUACUUACCGUUGCCCAUCGUUUGCAAACCGUCAUGGAUUCAGAUCGUAUAUUGGUAAUGGACAAUGGUUGUGCUCGAGAAUUUGAUGUGCCUCAUUUAUUGUUAAAAAAUCCCAGUGGAGCUUUAAGACAAAUGGUUGAAGCUACCGGCAAUGAAGCUGAAAAUCUUAAAAAGAUGGCCAGUAAAGCUUAUAAAAGUACUUAGUAAAUAAGUAACAUAAAGUACUUAAUAUACAUAUAAGUACUUAUCAGAAGCAUUUAUACUCCAAAGAUGUUUUUAUAAGAAAAAAAAGCUUCAUUAAAUACAUGGCGAAUUUAUUUUACUAUUAUACUGGUACUUAGCCUAAAAUGUCCAUUUUAAUAAUAAUACUAAUAAUAAAUAAAGUAAUAGUUCAAACAAGAAUAUUUUUAUAACAAUCAUUAAUUAAAAGAAAGUUUUAUAUGUAUAUUAUUUUUUAUAACAUCAUUAUCAAAUAUUCUUAUAAUGUUAAAACACUUUCAACAACAUUUUAAUUUGUAUUUUUAAAUUUAAUUGGUUUAUAAUUGUUUACUAGUAUUUUUUUGCUUUUAAAAUAAGUUCAAAACAUAAGGGAAUGUAUAAUAAUUAUGAAAUAAGUUUUAUGUUAUUACUAAAUAACGUGUUCAAAAUUAAAUUAAAAAAAAAGAAAACUCAUACAAUCAUU